UCGAAUUUUUAGAUCUUUGGUGGAUGAAACAAAGAAAACAAUUACAAGUUGGCUUAUUUUGUUAUUGCAGAGUCCAAUAGGAUGUGGGCUAGUGCCUCGUUCGUCGGUGUACUCAUCAUCAUUGGACUGCCGCUCUGGUGGAAGACAACAGAAGUAUACAGGGUAACGUUACCAUACGAUCAGAUAAGUGCGUUCGACCAGCUACCUCGCACCAUCUCAACAGAUCUGAAAAUAUUGGCGAAUGAUGAGGCCACCGCUUCGGAGCUAGCCGCUUUGAUUGAGGUGGCUUUUGAGGAUUCCAACACAAUAAAGCCUAAAAUACACAAGGCAGUCCUGUCGGAUGAACUCCACCAUGCUUUGGAGUCAGUAGCAGAUGAACACGACGCAGUUGACGAGGUGGCAGCGGCUUACAAUCUGACUGCCCAUAACUGCUUCUACGUGGUGCAGAGGCGUCCUCUAUUCCAGCAAGUUUGGCUCGCUGGUGAAAGGGUCAUGUUCUUUAGAGACUCUGAAGAUGCGCCAAUAGUAGUGGAAGCGUUACAAAAGUGGGUAUAUCAGAUGUCUGUACUGGACGGUGGUCGUGCUGACAAUGCGGCGGAUAGUGCUCGCCGCACGCGUCUCCCCCCCUCCGCCGGGUACCACGUGGUACUGUCCGUGGUUCAUCCCACACCAGACAAGCUCAAGGUUAAUUUUGACGCUAAAGAAGCUGUCGAAGAUUACAUCGGUUCAUUUGUGGACGAGUUGAGUAUUCUACACAACUUCACGCUGAAGUCGCAGUGGCUCUACUUGCUGAAUUUCGAUUUUCAAGCCAGAGAGAUGAAAGAUAACAGCGAUAGUGGCCGCCAUUACUCUGUGCGUCGCGACAGACUGCACCGCCUCCUCACCGCCCUGGAGGAGCGCGCCGCCACGCACGUGGCCGCGCUGCCCACCGUCAACUUGGCUAUGUAUCUGGUGCCGUGCCGUAUGGCACCGCUUGUUAUAUAUCACGACGUCGCUAAACCAGUAUUGGCCCCGGUGCAAGCGUUCAUGUCCCCAAAGUGGGGUGGAGUGGUACUCGCCAGCCCUGAGGAGGUGGACUGUACUCCACAGGCCGUGUGGCAUCCUAACACGCGUCUCAUCAUGGGAACAUUCCUCGCCCAACUCAGGCCGUUACUCGGCAUCCCUGACACUGCUUUUAUUUCGGGCGCAUUUCUUGAGCCACUCCGUUCUGUGUCACCGCGGCGAUGGGAGCUAGACGCGUUGUUGCGUCUCCGCACACUAGAACAAAUCACCACCGCGCAGAGAACGUUACAGUCGCUCGCACAAUUACUGGGUGAAAUCUCAAACAUCGUUAUCAAUGACGAAGUGGGUGCUUCCAUCAAUUCAGCAGUGGAAAAUAUUCAGAAGGCGAGCGUGUUGGCCGCUGAAGGUGAUAUAAUAGCUGCGUAUGAAACAUCGAAGCGAGCUUAUCUAGCCGCUGAAACUGCCUUCAUGGAUCCCAGUCUGCUAGCUCUGUUGUACUUCCCAGACGAUCAGAAGUACGCUAUAUACAUCCCAUUAUUCCUACCGAUCAUGUUCCCUGUUGUGCUGUCCCUUAAGAACUUGCUGCUGUGGUUCCGAGGCAAGCCAGUGCAUAAAGACAAAACUGAUUAAUAUAUACAAUAUAUGAAUAAAUUUAUAAAUAAUAAGGAUUUGUUUUU